AUGAAGAUUUUUUUACUUUUACUCUCCGUGAUAGGCAGAAGUAGUCAGCUAGUGUUAAAUGACUGUGGGUCAGAAGCAAGACGGCCGCAGGUUAGCGACAUCGCAGUGCAGUGCGGCACUUCAUCCAUUGGUUUGGCGAUUCAAAUCUGCCCCGUCAUCUACACUGGCUACAAUGAGACUCUGCUGAUCCUGAACCACAUGUUGGAACCGACCUGUAGAGCAACCCUUGAUGAGUCUGUGAAUCCACCUGUUGCCCGCUUUAACUUCCCACUAAAUAUGACCCAUGCCUGUGGAAGCAUAUUCAGGACCACCAGUGCUGCUGGGACCGGUAUCUUCUCUGACUUCUCCAACAUCCAGACGGUCAACAUCAGUGGUGUUGUUAGGUCUAUCGAUCCAACAACAGGCACGAUCACUUACAACGCUGAGCUGAAGUACUACUACUCCUGUGCCUAUCCCCUAGAGUAUCUGAUCAACAACACCCAGGUCGAUGUGUCUGCUUCAUCCAUUGCAAUCAAGGACAACAAUGGUAGUUUCAUCAGCACCUUGAGCAUGGACCUGUUUGCUGACUCCAACUACACCCGACCGCUGGUCAUGCCACAGCUUGGGAUUGAACUGAGGACCAGCGUGUACGUUGAGGUCAAGGCCACCAACUUGACAGGGCAGUACCACGUCCUGCUGGACCGGUGCUACGCCUCCAUCUCCCCACUGCCCUCUAACUCCAGCUUCUUCAACCUGUUCGUCCCCUGCUCAAAGGAUCGGUUCACCACCAUGAUUGAGAACGGAGACAGCCAGAGCGCCCGCUUCUACUUCCCCGCCUUCCGCUUCAUCGAGCAGCAGAACGAGACCGUGUCCACCUACUACCUCCACUGCAUCACCCGGCUGUGUGAGAAAAGCACCUGCAGCACAUUCAAGCAGUGCAACAACAGAAGGAAGAGGAGCCCCCUGGACACAUCUGCUGAUGGUAUACCCCAGACCUACACCAUCAGCUCUGCGGAGAUCGUCACCAAAACCGACACCAACGAAUCCAAAGAGAAGCCCCUUACUGCCGGAGAAGACAACGACUCUGCUGUCGGGCUCGGUGUGGCUGUUGGCAUCCUUGCCUUUGUUUCCCUUGUUGCCCUUUGUGUUGCAGCUGUGUUUUACAAAAGGCUUAGGAACUAA